AUUAAUUAUUUUGCGUGGCUUGAAGAACAACUCGCGGAAGGCAAGGUGCUAAACGAAAUCGAUGGAUCCGAUCGUCUGGAAAAAUUUAGAGCUGAACAAGAUGAUUUUGUGGGACUCUCAUUUGACACCAUCUCCGCAUCAGGUUCCAACGGAGCCAUUAUACAUUACAAACCGGAACCAGAUACCUGUGCCUCGAUUGAUCCCAAGCUAUUGUACCUUUGUGAUUCCGGUGGCCAAUACAA